AGGUUGUCAAAAGGACAGAUCCAGUAUAGCCUAACAGGAUAUAUUAUACACACACUGUUUAGCUCCUGGCCCUUAUCUCUCCCACGUCUAUAGUCGUCUCCUCUUGUAUCUCUUGCUCUGCCCCCUCCGUCUAAACAGAGUGACUGGACUCCCCACAGUUCAUUUCCGACUGCAUUGGCAGGCUACUGUACCAUUAUCUGAACUAAAGGACUCUCUCUCUCUCUCUCUUUCUCUCUCAAAGAGCUAAAGAAUUAUUAUCUCUCUCUAUUCCAGCUGAUCCCAGUCUAAAGUGGUGAUGUUAAUAACUUAAAUCAAAGUGACAGUGGACAUCUUUAAAAACAGCUACAUAUCCUCUUGAAAAGGAGUCCUACUUCACUUUAACACACAUCCCCCUCCCUCUCCUCUCCUAAUGUCAGCCACUACUGCUACUGCAGUGUACAGCAGCAGCAUAGGACAGACCCAAGAUGACAAGAAGGACCUUUUCUCCGUUACUAAAGGGAAGAUGAAGGUCCAGCAGAGGAUGAUUGAUCUAACUGCAAGAGAACUGGAGUCAACUCGCGUUUCAUCUCAGUCCAUACCUUCUGAUGGAAGCAGUGACGCUCUGAAGGAGAACAUUGUACUAGUUGAGAAUAAGCUCAUGAAGCUCUUUUCUCGUCAACUGAUGCAUAAGCACAUCUGUCUUAAAGAACUAAUUAACGCUGGAGGCGUGUCUCAUUUUGAUUUCGAACAAACAAAUGACGAGUUAGACUCAUUGAUAAGUUUUAAAAUGUUCCUAACCGUUACUGGCCUCGAAGAACUCUCAGUUAAGUCAUUAUCCAGUGAAAAGGAGAAGCUCUCUGUUGAUAGGUUAUUCCAAAUGACGCCUCAAGAGCUACAGUACUUGUUCUCUCGUUUGGAGAUAACAGCAAGAGACUGUCACAAACUGGUCUCCCUCCUGGACCUCAUGUCCCUCUACUAUGAAAAGUGGGAGAAAGGAGAGAACCCUCCCCCAGGUCUUUAUGACGUCCGACGUAACUCUUCCUCUGGUCGUCUCAACUCCCUCACCUCACUCGAGAGCAGGAAGGACUCAACCUCCAGUCACACCAUAUCACCCCCGGCCGGUAACCAUGGCAGCAGAAGCUCCACCCCCCUGACCCCUCUCACCCCUUCCUCAACUCAAUCUCCCUUUCAAGGAUUAGUCCAUCAAAACUCCACCCCCUCCAUCCCAACCCAUUCUGUACCUUACGAUAAUAUACGAAGCACCAGUUCUUGUGGGUGUGGUGGCCACGCCCUCAGUGAGUCCUCGGGUCAACACUUAAGCUCCUCAAUGUCCUCUCUUGGUUCUGAUUUAGGACUCCAUGUUGCCCAUAGCAACGAAACGACACAUCUACCAACCGCUAGCAACCAAUCCCAUGAUGUAUAUCAGACCACACCUCCUGCCCCGCCUACCUAUUCAUCUUCUCUCAGAGCUAAGAAGAAGAUUGGUCACACUCGCUCUCAUUCCAACCCUCCGCUGGCUAACCUGAUAAUGCCCGAGGCUGUUCCUGAGAACUCUGUUCCUGAGUAUCGUUCCCCUAGUCCUCCUUAUUAUAACGGACAUGCCCCACCCACAAGAACCGGCUCACAUCCAUCAAUAAUUCACAACAGCAUCGCCAAUAGCAACCAGUCCCUCGCUAACUCUACUUCUACUAAGUCACACCCACAAGUCAGGCGACUCAUGGCUGGUAAUUAUAAUUUCUCUCGGUCCAUAUCAACUGAUCUUGGGGACGUUCAACCCGACCCUCCCCUCCGCUCCAACUCUGAGGCCAGUAGCGUCCAAUCAGCAUCACCACGGCAACGGCGCCUCAGUAAGGAAGUUGGUACGUCUACAUCAAUGGUGGACCUCCCCCUGAUACAGUGUAGUGUGGAGCAGAGUGAGUUCCCUUCUUCUUCAGUCAAGUCACACUCAGUUCCUCGUCUGGCUAACCUUACCAUCAACACUACCACUGGAGAUCAUAACUCGACCAGUGUUCCAACGUCCCCUCGGAUACCAACCAACUACAACCCAACCGGAGUAAUGGGACACAAGAUUGACCACAGGUUCAUCAAUCACAUAUUCUUUGGAGUCCAGGAAUGCGAUUAUUGUAAGAAGUCAAUGGUUGUCAGCGGCUACAGGUGCAGAUACUGCAAGAGCAAAUUUCACAAAAACUGCUCAAAGUUGGCCCCACCCAUCUGUGGUCUCCCUAAAUAUUUUCUAAAUUAUGCUCGUCAGCAUUUCAUGAUGUCUCCAUCGCACGAGAGUGUCUAUCAGGUUAAUAAAACCGGGCACCUCACCUCUUCUGGUGAAUAUGGAUCCUGCAACACUCCAACUCCGUCCUCAGAGCAGCUCAGAGAAGAAACCUUCUUUAUACACGACUUGAACAGGGAACCUUCUAAAAAUCAGUUCAGUCCCGUUACCAGUACAAAGAGGCCUCAUCCACCAGCUCCAUCAAGCCCCGCCCAUGACCACGCCCCAUUCUCCUCCUCCCACAGUACCUCUAGACUGGAGGUGCCUCAGUUGUUCUUGCCAGGUGUAAGGUCACACUCCAAUUAUCGUCACCCUCACCACCACAGGGUCCCUCCUCACAGCACAAGCUCCUCCCCCUCUACCUCCAGCCAGUCCAGUCCUUGCCUCACUCCAAUGUCACCGCGGUCACCAUUGGACCCUCCGGUAGAGUACUCUGGUUUCAAUUCUCUUCAUCGUUCCAUUGCCAUUGUCCUCAGUACUGACGAUAACACCAGUAGUACUGAUGAGGAGGGGGAUGGGCCUGAUGGUGAGUUCUACGAAGGAUCUGAAGGUUUCACGUCUGAUAGUUCUAACAGCAGCUUUAAUGAAGUGGGUUUGGUUGGUCCCGCCCACAACAGAGGGCUAAAGCUUCCAUCACGAGGUAUUGCAGCUCAGUCUCUGCCUAACCUCUUAAUGGCCGAGAGACGACAGAGCAGAGGGGGAGGAGCUAAUGGGGAGGGGCUUUAUGCUACAUCAGAGGAUAACCUACAGUCAUGGUAUGACAGGAAACCUUCUCUCUCUGGUACCAUAUCAACGGCUGAUUCCAAGACCUCAACCCUGGUCGGGAGUAUAAUGGAGGGUUCGGAUGAUGAUGAUGACUCUUAUGCUGAUUCAGAAGGUGUUGGUAGUUCUGGAGGUUUGGAUGAACCAGAAGUCAAUAAAUACAGGAUAAGACAUAGGAACAGUGUUGUUGAUGAGUGGAUCAUUCCGUACAACGACUUGAAGUUACUGGAGAAGUUGGGUAGUGGCCCAGUGGCUGAGGUCUAUAAAGGUUACUGGCAUGGGGAAGUGGCCGUUAAAAGGUUCGUACUCCCAAAUGCAACACCUAAACAAAUCAAUAAAUUCAGAGAAGAAGUGGCUGUUUUAAAAAAGAUUAGGCAUGAGAACCUUGCAUUAUUCAUGGGGGUGUGUCUGACCACACCCAACCUAGCGAUAAUCACAAGUUACUGUAAAGGGUAUACUCUUUACAAGUUGCUCCACUAUUGGUCUGAGGCAUUCUCUUUGGAACGACUGGCAAACAUUGGGAGACAAAUUGCACAGGCCAUGGGGUACCUACAUGCACGAGGUAUCAUCCAUAAAGGACUCAAUACCAAAAACAUAUUUUUGGAGAAGAGAGACCAAAAGGAGAAGGUUAUAAUAACGGACAUGGGACUCUCCUCACUGAGCAGCUUAUUAUACGACAAUACUACCAGUAAAGGAGGUGUGGUCACUUUCCCGAGGGCUCAGUUAUAUUCUCUGGCCCCCGAGAUAAUUCGAAAGAUAUCGCCUACUCCAGUUGUACAGAUUGAUCAAGAACCUUACUCGUACAAUUAUGCAACUGAUGUUUAUGCCUUUGGGACUAUCCUGUACGAACUCAUCACCAAACGGUUUCCAUUUUCCACGGACAGUCUCGGUUUUGCCUAUGAAUUUGAAGUGGUCAUAUUUCUUGUUGGUCACGGUCACCGACAGCCUUUCAAGGGCGAGACUCCAAAGAAGCUCAAGGAUAUUGUAUGGGAGUGCUGGUCCCAUCAGCCCCAGGACAGACCCCCGUUCAGUGACCUCCAGGAGAGGCUGGCCCGACUCUGCAGGAAGCACACGCCCAUCACUCGGUCUCCUUCUCAUCCAAUUAAUCUUUCAAAAUCAGUUGACAAUCUUUUGCAUAUUUAGGUAUUAUACUUUUAUUGUCUGUUUUCCUGGGAAACACCCGCCAUGUUUUUUAAUUUCCCAGGAAGAUACCGCAUCUUUCUAGCUUGUCAUUGUCAUCAUUUUAUUAUUCUUAAUCAUGAUUAUUAUUAUUAUUAUUAUUAUUACUAUUAUUCACAUUAUUAUUAUGUUCUGGUCUAUUUUCUUGUCAAUUGUUUCGUGCUAUUUUGUAUGACGAAUAUUAUAAAAUAAUUAUUAAAUUAUCUGUGAUUUUUUGGCCUUCCCUCCGUUUGCUUGUGCUUUGGUUUGGCUGAACACACAACUCUUCUUCUUUUCUUUCUUGUUACAAAGCGACACGAGCUACACCUGAGCUUAAGGGAUGCGACUGUCUUAUAGGA